CGACCCUGCAGGGGGUCCCGACCCACACUUUUGGAACCCCUGCACUAGAGGAUAUCUAUCUAUCUAUCUAUCUAUCUAUCUAUCUAUCUAUCUAUCUAUUCAUUCAUUCAUCAGGAGGCUACAGCCGUCUUUCCUCUCUCCUCUCUCUGUCUCAUCUCGGCUGGUGUAACUGACUCAGAGUUAGCAUCACUGCUCAGCUACAGGAGGAAACUAGUCCAGCUGUUGAUUCUCUCUCCUUGUGUGUUAGGCUAACAGUAGUAAACAAAGCAGAGGCCAAGAGGGACCUUGAGAGGCCUUGAAGGAAACUCAAUGGAUCUCAGUGAGGAUUCUGGGGCAUUCCACACCCACUCUACUAAUGGAGGACCCUUAUUUGAGCCGGACUCAUCUCUAUCCAGCAGCCUCUGUCAGACAGGAAGUGGACGCACCAUCACACUACAGCUGUUGGAGUUCAAAACCCUUCUCCUCGAGUUUGUGGAGGAGCUGCAGAUUCAGAGGGAUGCAAAGACACUUUUUGAGGAUCAGAUCAGUAAACUUGUUCUGGAGAAACAGGAGUUGGAGUGGGAGAAGGAAUCUCUACAACAUCAAGCUAAAACGAUGGCAAACCAGCACACUGAGGUGCUCAUGAAUACACAGAAGCAGUUUCAGGCCAAAAUAAGAAGCAUUGAGGAGGUGAAGGAGAAACACCAGGUCAUAGCUGAGUUAAAAGAAAAGGAAAUGACCAACUUAAAGGAAGAGCUCAAGUCCCUACAGCUGCUAAAAUACAACUUGGAGAAGAAAGCAGUUCAGCUGGAACAGAAAAUAGCUUUGCAGUGCAGGUCAAAGGACAGUCACCUCAACCAGCUCGGGGAGGUGGAGAAACGUUUCAGUGCGCUGCUGAGGCAGUGUAACACGGUCAAGCAGGCUCAUGAGAAACUGGAGCAGAACGUUGAUGAUGCCAUGAAAAUGAAUACAAAGCUGACAUCUGCAAAUGGAAGACAUGUUUCAACCAUUGAGUCUUUACAGAAGGAGUUGGCGGAAGUUGGUGACAAGCUGUGCAAGGCCACCAUGGUAACGUUUAAACAUGACAAGACCCAGAAUCUUACAACAACAGAGAGCUCCAUACAGCAGCUGCACCUGAAACUGAACAUGGAAACUGAAAUAAACAAGAAGCUGCAGAAAGACAACCUUGCUGUCCGGGCUGAAAAACAGGAGGUGAUGAGGUCUCUGCAGCACACCCAGCUGCUGCUGCUGAACCAGACACAGGCUGUAAACAAAGUAGAGAUGGAGCUGCAGACACAGAAAGAGCUGAACCAGGCCCUUAAGCAGGAACAUGACAUGAUGCAGGAGGAAAACAAGGCCAUGGAAAACAAUGCGGUCCGACUGAUGGAGAGCUCCACCGUUACCAAGACCAGCUGGGACAAAAAGAAACGAAGCCUCAAUCAUCCCAACCAGCCCUCUCCCACUUCAAUGGAGGAGAUUAUAGGGAAGGAAAUUCUAGUGAAACCAUCUCCAUCUCUGAACAUCCAGCUCUGCAGCACUUGACCUCUGAUCAGACCCAAAACCAGAAACCUUUCAGAGAAUACAGAAACAACACAAGCAGCCAGCGGAGAAACUGAAGGGCAAAAUGUUCCAAAUCACCAUCAACAGUUUCUAAUGAACCAGCAGCCGAACCCCCAACACUCAUCCACCCGUCAACCUGCCAACCACAACCGUGUCAGCCUCAGCAGUCCUCAUGGGACAGCAGGCAGCAGAUCAAACACAGAUAUAAAUCACUUCAGCACACAUGAGAGCGCUCCUGAUGCAGUCUCAGACUUACUUUAUACCAGCUCCUCUGUUACUGAAGAUGCUCGGCAGAUUAGUGAAACUGUGUCCUGCUGUGUGAGUGACACGUCCACUGUACCAUGCUCUGACCAGAAGUCUAACAAUGAAUCAUCAGACGGAGACAAAAGGGAUGAAGCAGAUGGAAGAAUGAUGGAGGAAAACCAGAGGAUGAACAAUUAUGUGAAAGAAGGAACAACUAGCAGAGAGGAAUGUAAACAGAGCAGCACGAUGUGGAGGAGGAAGAGACUUCAGAACUAAAGAGAGGAAUGAUCAUAAACCAAACUACAGACAGACAAGAGGGCAGCAGCCACCAGCCAGCAGAGGACACAGGGGGCAGCAAACUGCCUGAUACAGACACAAGAGACAUGGGAGAGGGAGGGAGGACAGAUGGAACAAACCAGAGGGACACAACAGAACCAAACAAAGAACAAACAGUGGUCCAGGUGACCACAAAACCAACCACAGAGGAGAGUAACUUCAUGGAUGCUGAGCCACCCCUCACUGCCUCUAGGCCCUCAGAUGACUUAAAGAGUCUCUCUCAGAAAGACUGCCAAAAGGAUGCCGACAAAGUCCAUGUGAACACAGAGAUUAUCAGAGAGCAGCAUAUCUCUUCUUCUGAUGAAAGUCAGUGUGUCAACCAUUCAACAAAUUCUGUCGUUCAAGAACUGAAAACCUUCUGUCCGGAUGAGGUCAAAAGCUCUGCUGAAGAGGAAUCCACUCCGUCUGAGCUAAACAAAAGUCACCCUUGUGGACUCCUUGGACAUCUCUCCUGCCAUGCACCCAUGAGAACCAAGCAAGGCAGAGUCCCCUUGCUGAUCACCAGUGGGUCAGAUCCUUCAAGUGCUUCCUGUGUCUCUGGGACUUCAGCGUCCAUCGAGAGUCACCAGCAGGGAGAGUCAGCAACAGCAGACGUGGAGAGGAGAGCUUCUCUGUCGACGUCGUUUCCAGUCUCUACAUCCUCCAGCAGGCUACCAUGCCAAACCUCCCCACUGCAUGGCAGAGCUCCUCCCUUAACAGCAGGUCUGAGUUCAGUAAAACCCUGUGAACCCUCCUGCUCCUCAGCCAGCACAGAAAAACUAUCCUUCAGAGCCCAGAUCUCCAAAAUCGAACAGUUUCUGAAUGCAGACAGGCUCCAUCUGCACAAACGACAGAGAACUGAUAAAUGAAUAACCAAAGCUUACUGUGCUGUGGAGGAAAGCUUCUGUUCCUAUAGUUCUCCUGUAGCACGUCCUUUGGGACUCCUGAAAGUGAUCAAUCUUUAGAACCUUAAAGAUCCGUCUGUGCUAACCGUUCAGUGAGUCUGAUAAAGUUAAAAAGCUCAGGAGUGAUAAAUGUUGACUGGUGUUACGUUUUGACAUAUUUCAUUGCUUCAGUGUCCUAAGUGUUUUAUGAAGUUAACAACAGUUAACAACAGUUCAACAUAGCAGAUGUUAGUCAGCGCUGUGUUCUAACUUGUAUUUAUUUGGUUCUGGUUGGCCCGCUCUGUCUCACUGACCUAAGGAGCAGUAGCAGAUAUGAUGUGGAGGUGAGGCUGGGUUUAUAUUGUUGUAUGUGUUCACAACAUGUUGAGCCAGGUAAAUAAACAUCAAAGGCCAUGCAGUGUUGUCAGUUCAAAAGGCUUGUAACUGUUAACACGCUAAUUAAACUUAAUUAGAGUCCUGACAUAACUAGGUUUCAUGUCCCAGAGGAGCUCUUACUGUGAGUGACACCAUGUUACCUCUGGUGGUGCUUCUGUCGGAGUAAUUAAGAGUUCGGACAGAAAACAACACCAUAACCCUCGUUAGAGAUAUAUAAUUAAAGAAACAGUAAUCACAACACCCUCCCAGUCCCAAUUAACAAAAAUCAAUUAGCAGUGUAAUUAACACAUGUGAACACAAGCCCCUCUUUAAGUUAAUGUUCCCUGGCAGAGGAUUGUAAAGGACAGAGCGUCUGACCACAGAUACUCCUCUCAUGUGUUGAUGAGUCAGUCAGGUGGAAACAGCCUUUUACAACAACCCAGCCUUCUAAAAUGGAUAAAAAUCAAGUGUGUAGUAACUUAUAUAACAUUUAUUAAAACUGUUUGUCAUUUUUUAUUUCAUCAAACACUUGAUCCCUUAAAAUGUAUCAUCAAAAUAUUGUUUUUUGUAGCAGUGUCGAUUUGAAUUUACACAAACACCCAGAUUUUGUACAUGUGCUGUCAUUAUAAGAUCAUUUUGAAAAGCCAUAUUGACCCAGGCCACCAAUUUGGGAUUGAAACACCCAGCUUCAUAUACUCAGGUGAACUUGUCCUUACUAGAAGAGUCAUAAUGCAUGUGUUGUGUAAGACAUGUUGGCUUUGAUGCUCUGUUGCAGUUUCUUUUCAAUUUCUCUCUCAUGUUUAACAUUUUUUUAUUUUCUACAUCUUGUAAUAAACAGUUGAGUAAAUCAUUCAAAAUA